ACAAACCUGCCAUUUUGAAACGUAAAACCCAGAGUUUCUCUCAUUUCAGGGUUAAAAUACUCUGAGUUUUCACUUAACCUCCUUUCUGAAACAGGCCCCUGGUGGAAUGCAUUGUCAUACAUGAAUGUGGCCGAAAGUGGGCAAGCUGAAAACAUUUCACACCUCAUUCAGACUUUGCACUGUCGCAUCAUAAUAGCAGGUGUGAACAGGGCCUGAGCUCCUUCUUCAGUUCAGCUAUAAAUACUGGAGUAUUCCCAUCAGUCUACAAGUGAACACGAGCAUCAGAAGUGAAAUCUGAAGGACGGUGAGAAGAUGAGUGAUCCAGAACCCUGCAGAACUGAAGAGGAAGAGGCUGAAACAGACUUUAUUGAAGAGAACGAGGAGCGUGACGGUGAUGAACUUAUAAAAGCCCAGAAAAUCUCUCAUCUACUGACUAAAGGUGUUUUCUUAAUGCAACGAGGAGACAAGAAAUGUUUCACCUGCACUCAGUGUGGGAAGAGUUUGGCAUCCAAACAAAGUCUCCAGUUUCACAUGAGGAUUCACACUGGAGAGAAACCGUACACAUGCACGCAGUGCGGGAAGAGUUUCAGACAAUCAGCACACUUUAAACAACACAAGCUGAUCCACACUGGAGAAAAAACACACACAUGUGAUCGAUGCGGCAAAACAUUUCUGACUGCUACAGAGCUGAAGAUCCAUCUGAGAGUUCACACUAGAGAGAAACCGUAUUCAUGCUCUGAGUGUGGGAAGAGUUUUACACAGCAGUCAAAUUUAAUGCAGCAUCAGAAGAUCCACACUGGAGUGAGAGAGCACAUGUGCUUUGAGUGUCAGAAGACUUUUGUUAGAGCUGAAUAUUUGAAACGGCACCAGAUGAUUCACACUGGAGAGAAACCGUACAGGUGUUCACACUGCGACAAGAGCUUCAGACAGUCGGGAACCCUGAACGCACAUGAGAGGACUCACACUGGAGAGAAACCGUACGAGUGUUCACACUGCGACAAGAGAUUCAGUCAGUCAGGAAACCUGAAAGCACAUGAGAAGACUCACACUGGACUUUCACAUGUUUGUCUCAUCUUAAGAGACACAUGAAGAUCCACACUAGAGAAAAGCAGCACACGUGACAUCAGUGCAGCUAAACAGUUUCUCGUGUGUAACGAGUGUUUGACCAUCAGCAAACACUGCUGUGAGAGAUUAAGUGUAAAGUAAAUCUGUCUGUCUUGAGUAUUUGCUUCUUUAAUAGCUUUGUUUUAUUUGAUGUUCGUCUCCAUGAUCACAGAAAUGGUCAGGAUACAAACAUACAUGUUGCUGAUUUCAGCAGAGAAACAUUAAAUUCAGGAUAUUAGAACACUA